AUGUGUUCGCCGCUUUUUUGCCUAGAUCAGCCAGCCUUGGAAGAGGUUGCCAAGGUUGGCGAUUUUGUGGGCAUCCAAGUGACAGAUCCUACAGUGAACGCUAGCUUGCCACCCCGGGACUCUGCACAAGUCCUCGAGGAUCAGAUUUACACGCCAGGUUCCACGAUGGGAAAGAAGAUCGCCGUGGUCUACGCGCUGCUUUCCGUGCCUUUGCUUCCAGUUCCAAUGGCCGCGGCAGAUCCUCUAGAGAUGUCUGUGUCCCACCAGCAGGUCUUUGGCCUCGCCCUUCAAAUCUUGUCCACAAAUGUCCGCUGGCACGCCGUUCGCUUCAUGAUGGGCCCAAAGACGCUCUUUCGCAUGCAGACGACACUGCUGAAUCUUGCGGCGAUCGGCCUGAACGCGCUCUUGACGGUGGUCUGCAUUGCCCUCAUCAUCCAGUAUCUCGAAGGAACUUUCCACAAGGGCAUCUACCGCGUCUCUGCCGCCGUUGUCCACGGCAUCGGGACGCUGAUCGUGCUGGGCUGCUUCAUUGCGUACAUCCUGGAGGUGCUGGAAUUGCUCCUCCCUGCCAACGUGUGGGAGUCCGUAGCUGUUCGUCAGCUGGAUGCUGUGGGAGGCAACGGCAUUCCCCUUUUGGCACAGGCGAGCCGGGGGAGUGGUGUAAGCAUCGGGAUCUUCAUCAUGGGAGGCGGCGUGCUCUUCCAGGUGAGCAUGUCCACACUUCCACAUGCGUAUGCGCAUGCAGUCAUACGUUACAAGCUGACCCGCAAUGCAGUGCUCGUCCAAAGAGCGGUGCAGUUCAAUUCUGCGUUGCGUAAAUUCAGCCCCUCCCCAGCCCACGAAGCUGGAUCCACCGAGAUCAUCGCUGCUGUGCUCCUGGUCUUCUUGAAGCUCGGGGACGAACAGACUGAAGAGGACGUGCACGCCGAGGUCGACGAAUUCGGUGGCAUGAUGCACUACAGGGAAUUAGUUUUUCAGACAGGUGGGGAGGUCAGUUUUCAGCUCAGAGAAGACCUUCGGGUCGCCUUACCGUCGGAUCACAAUGCCCUGACCUUGUGUGGCAAGUGGGUGGUCGAUGGGUCUAAGCUUUGGAAUGACCAGGCGGCCACCCAGCUCUUCUCCUUCUACCAGUCUAAGUACUCAGACAAGCAGGGGCGGAUUCCGCGUUACUUCACCCAGCUAAUUCAAGGGGAUCAACCACUUCCUGACUCAUGGAAGAAAGGGGUGCAAGCCGCAGAUGGGGUUAUGGCGGCUCAGAGCACGAUGCAACUGCUAAGACAGGUGAAGGGAUCGGCAUACGUUGCCAAAAUAGACAUUAGAGCGGCGUUUGACAGCCUUAGCCAGGCAGCCGUCUUGGUGUGGCUGCUCAGGUGCCAGCCCGCCAAGGAAUGCGAUGUCCUCUACAAACUACUCAGCGGUACAAGGGUUGAGCUGUCCCUGGCGGGGCAGACCCGCAGCAUCGACCUGUGUCGGGGGCUUAUGCAGGGGACUGCAUACUCAGCUGAUGUCUUCUCUCGGGUCAUGGACUACUUCCUUUCUCCUUUGUCUGACCGUUUUGAUGAACUGUUUCCAGGUUGGACAUGUCCCAAUCUAGGUCUUCCGCAUUUCAUCAUUUACGCCGACGACAUCAUGUUGUUUGCAGACACUCCGGUCGCUCUCCAGUUUAAGCUCCAAGAAGUAGUUGACGUUUUGGCUACCAUAGGAAUUUGGUUACGAGGCCGAGCGCUGCCUCUGCAAGUAGAGAGUGCCUUGGUCUUCCUCGGCAUUCCGCUGGCUCAUACCAAUAAUGUACAAAGCAUUAUGUCGCACCUCAUGCGAAGGACGAGCAAGGCGUAUUAUGGCUUCAAACGAAUCAUGGAUGCGGGUGAAGCCCCCAUCUCGGUGCGCCUGCAUAUCUUUGAGACCUUUAUAACGGCUAAAUGGGCGUGGGCCUCGCCCGUUAUGGUACCCACCCGUACCAUGCUCAGGUCACCUCUCGAGGACCCCCCACCGCCAGCCUAUGAAGCGCCUUCUCAAUUUUUGCAGCAGACCCAAUGGAGCAACCAUUGUACCCAAUGGGUGAAUCACUGGAUUGACAAGGAUGUGGAAGGUCUUUUUCUCUGGGGCAAGACCCACGGCAAUCAGUGCAUGAUACUUUGCAUGUCAGGCUGGCCUACAAGGUUCUUGGAAUUUGUCAACACUUUGGACAAGCAGGUGCUGGAAGUGGCAAGCUCGCUUGCUAAGGAAGUUGGUGGACCUGUUGCCUUAGGGGCAUUCGUGAGAGUGAAAGCGGGAGUCAGAGUGCUCUCCCGAGCGUACCCUGAAACCACGAAGCUGCUCACGGCGUUUCUGGCCUCAGAGUUCCCUGGAGACUUCUUUCUUGCAAUACAAGUUCAGGUUGAUGUGGAUAAGCCUCCCCACAACGAUGUGCGCAAUACCUCGAUGCCCACUCUCCUUGUCAAUCUUUCCAAGGGAGCACCUGGAGGCACCUGGGUUGAGGCCCCCAACGGUGAUGAGGUGGUCCGCUGCCCAGAUGGAGUGUCCCGCCGUGGGACCAUCCUACGUGGACAUCGAUACAGACUCAACGCAAGGCCGUCUUCCACUGAGAUGCCCUCUCUGUGGGUGGUCCUCAAGGCCACGGUCAUGGAGCAAGCCGAAGCACUUUGGCAGGCGACUCCCUUGACGUGGACAUAUGUUGCGAUGUUCUUCGCUGCACUCGCUGCGAUUCAGUGCCUGAAGAUGCUCUGGCGCCGACGUGGAAGGUUCUUCCGCUCCUCGGCCCAUGGCCCUCCAGCGAGCCAGGGAGUGAACACGACGGACCAUGAUGUGUCUACUCAAGCUGCAACGACGGCCGGAACUCAAGCAACCACGAUUGCCGGCGGAACAUUGGCCCCGGGGUCGGGCACAACACUGCCACAGCAAGUGGUGGACUUCAUCAUUGAAGAGGUCCUGCGCAUCGUCGAGUCCAAGAUGGGAGAUAUUGCAAGGAUGGGAGACAUGGGCCUGGUGGACAAGCUUUCUGCAAUGCUGAGUGAAUUGAUGAAUUCAGCGAAUUCGACGUUGCACCUGAAGAUUGAUGCAUUGGACUCGGCUCUGCAGGACACCAACACCCGCCUUACUCGGCGAUUUCAAGUCGUCGAUGCGGCCCUGGAGAAGAUCACGGACAUCGUCUUCCCCCUCAAGGACUUGCUUCCCCGUGUGGACAAGCUGAACGGCCUCUUCAAGGAAAUUCAGGAAAUCCAGGACAUGCUAGGCGCGAUGCAGAAGGUGGUAGACACGAUCGUGCCUAGUGUACAAGGGGCGAGCAAGGCGGAACAAGCCCGCUUUGCCACACUGGAUGGUGCACUGAAGAGCAAGAUGGACUCGGUCCAGGCAGCCCUGGAAGCGGUCGUCAAGACGGCUGCCACACAAAGCACGACGACCCUUGACAAGCUGGAAGAGGCUAUCCCCCGCCUGCAGAGUGCCAUCGCCAAGAUCGACAACAUGCCGGACAAAUUGGAUCGUACAGAAUCUCUGUUCAGGGAGAGGGUGGAAAACCUCCAGCAGCAAGUUGGGAGCCUUAUGGGUUCCACUCAGACAUACGCCAGAGAGGAAGCAGGGCAACUCCGCAACCUCAUCAAGGCCACAGAAGCACUACAGAACGCCAUGGUUGAGUUGAAGGCGGCCUUUGGGGCCCCUCCCGCAGACAGCCCUGGCAUCACCCCCAUGCUGGAGCUGGCCCGCAAUACAGACAGCGCUGUGCAGGAACUUGGUACAGUAGUGCAGGAGCUGUCAGUGGUGCUGACGGAGAUCAAGGACAAACUGCCAGAUCGACCGCCGUAUCGACCUCCUCCUACGCAGCAGUGCCCACAAGAAGCUCCGGUCGUCCCACAG